AUCAAAAUCAAUUGAAAAUAUAUAAUUUAAAAAAAGUUUGUCAAACAUUGUAAUAUUGAACAAAAUAACCUUAAAAUAACUGUAAUUAUAUAUAAUCUUUUUUUGUUUUGUUUUUGAAUUCAUUUGAGAGAGCAAACAGUAGUAAACAGUCGAAUAAUUGAAAUUACCGUCAUGGGAAUAAAAGUUUAUUUUUUACCAAAAAUAUCUUGUUAUCGUAAAUAUUUAAUUAUUGCAUCAAAAAAUAUGAAAAGUUCUAUCAAAAAAUUGUCUCCAUACUUCAAACAGAAAGAAAAAUGUUAUUAAAAAAGAAGAAGAAAAAUGGAAAUUAUGAUUGGCUUCAGUCCCCCACGUAGUUUGCUCGGUCAGACUCAGUGGUAGGCGGAACUCCAUCGGGCGGGGGCUUUCUUUAUCGAUUUAAAUUUGGCUAGCCGGUGCAUUUUCUGUCGACUGCUGGAACAGUGAGUGAAGCAGUUGUUCUCCUCGUUCCUGGUUUAUAAUAGGAUUUAAGUUUCUCUAUACAUACCUCUUAUUUAUCACAAGUCUAAUUUUAAAGAGAAGACAUUUAAUGUUCAUCAAUUUAUUUAUUUCCCUCGUGACAAGACAAUAAAUAACAAAAAUAACAUGACUGAACCUUCAACAAAAAACGACACAUCUGAUAUAAACAAUUUGAUUGGACCAACAGAAGUAAAAAGUGCUGUACCAAAAGUCAGGCAAGAUUUGAUCAAGUGGAAUGGAUGGGGCUACAAGGAUUCGCAGUUUAGUGUUAACGAGAGUGAAAGAGUUCUCGAAUUCACUGGAAAUCGAUAUUCGAUUGGUAAUAAGCAGUUACCUUACUUCACGGCAUGGGCACAAGAAAAAUUAAAAGUUGAUUUAGAUUCAAAACGUAGUGUUCAGGAUUUACCGAAAAAUUAUCCGGAGCCAAUUUUAUCGGCAAAAUUAUUGGAUGCAAUUAAAGAAACUGGAAUUGAAUAUUCGAUAGAGGGUACAGAUCGACUUGUUCGAGCACAUGGACACACUUUACGAGAAAUUUUCAUGCUUAAAUAUGGCACAUACCAAAGAAUACCAGACAUCAUUCUAUGGCCAAAAAGUCACAGCGAUGUGGAGAAAAUCGUGAAGAUUUGUGCGGAUUACGACGCGGCAUGUAUACCUUUUGGAGGUGGAACGAGCGUCAGCGGAGCGGCAAAUUGUCCCGUCGAAGAAAAAAGAACAAUAAUUUCACUCGACACAUCGCAAAUGAAUCGGAUAUUGUGGCUCGAUAGGGAAAAUUUACUCGCAUGUUGUGAAUCUGGAAUAAUUGGCCAGGAUCUUGAACGUGAACUUCGAUUACAAGGUUUCACAUCUGGACACGAACCGGACUCGUACGAAUUUUCAAGUUUGGGAGGAUGGGUCGCAACAAGAGCGAGUGGAAUGAAGAAAAACGUUUACGGAAAUAUCGAGGAUAUUAUCGUUCGAUUAAGAAUGGUCACCGGAAGAAUUGAGGACACGGCAGUGACGCUGGAAAAAGGAUUUCAAGUGCCACGAAUGUCCUGCGGGCCAGAUUUUGAUCAAAUGAUCCUUGGAAGCGAGGGAACGCUUGGCGUAAUAACAGAAGUUGUUUUCAAAAUUCGACCACUACCACAAGUUGUAAAAUACGGAAGUAUUGUAUUUCCGGAUUUUAGUAGCGGAGUUUGUGCCAUGCGAGAGGUAGCGAAGCAACGAUGUCAACCGGCUAGUAUUCGACUAAUGGAUAACGAACAAUUUAAAUUCGGACAAUCCCUAAGACCGGAAGUCGGAUGGGGCGGUCUCCUUCUACAGGGCAUAAAACACGCCUACGUCACAAAAAUAAAAGGCUACAAUUGGGACAGCAUAUGUGUCGCGACACUUUUAUUUGAAGGCGAUGCAGCAAACGAUGUUUCUCUACAAGAGCAAAAGAUUUACAAUAUUGGAAAAAAAUUCAACGGCAUUCCAGCGGGUGAGACUAAUGGCGAACGUGGCUAUACCCUGACUUUCGUCAUCGCCUAUAUUCGUGACCUUGGACUUGACUAUGGAGUUGUAUCGGAAUCAUUCGAAACAUCUGUUUCGUGGAAUCGUGCCUAUUCAUUGUGCCAUAAUGUUAAAACACGAAUAAUUCGUGAUCUUCACACACGUGGAAUUGAGCACUAUUUAGUUUCGUCUCGCGUCACACAAACAUAUGACGCCGGAUGCUGUAUUUAUUUUUACAUGGCUUUCAAUUAUAUGGGUUUAACUAAUCCAGUUGAAGUUUAUGAGGAAAUUGAAGAGCGCGCGAGGGAAGAAAUUCUAGCGAAUGGUGGUUCUCUAUCGCAUCAUCAUGGCAUUGGAAAAAUGCGAGCGGCAUUUUAUCCAGAAGCUGUUGGAAACGCUGGCGUUUCACUUUAUCGCGCUGCAAAAACUCAUUUGGAUCCGCAAAAUAUUUUCGCCGCAGGAAAUUUAGAUCCUCAGUAUAAAUCCAAAUUAUAGACGUUUCAUUUUCAAAAAAAGGAAAAAUCUUCAAAAAAAAAAAAAAAAAUGAACCAUCAACUCAAAAAUCAUGUUUUUCUAAUUGUAAUUUAACAUAUUCUUCAUCGUUACACGUUUCUCCCACCUUUUUUCCAAACGAAUGAAGACAAUUUUUCAAUAAUUGUAUAAAUAAAUAGUUUUUAAUAGAAUUCAUUUUGAAAAUAAAUACAUUUUUCAAGAUAAUUA